AUGGGUAAUAAUUGUGUUUCAGAGAGUGAUUCAUUAAUUAAUGAAGACACAUAAGCUAAUUUCAAUAAAAUAGAAUCCAGACCUGGAAUUUAUGCUAUUGAACAUACUACUAAUACAUAUUUGGAUAACAUAUCUAUUAUGUCUUCCCCAGACUCUCCUUAUCCAAUCAUUUAUAUGGAGAAGAUGGAUGUAAUUGCAUUUAAAGGUCACAAAUUUGCAAUUCUUUAAAAAAAUAGUGUUUAUUAUGGUGAAAUCAAUUAGAAAUACUAAAAAAAUGGAAAAGGAAAACUUUAUUUAAUUGAUGUGGAUAAGAAUAGAAACUAAAAAUUAUUUAUAAUGAAAGGAAUGUUUAAAAAUGAUAUAUAUUAAGAAUCAGGACAAAUUUCACCUUUUGGAGAAUGUUUGGAUGAAACCUCUGAUUCAAAAAUUACAGAACCAUAAGAUUCAUAAAAAUCAAUAAUCUAGAAUAAUCAAUAUAAAUACAACAAGUUUAUAAAUGAUAAAGAUAUAAAUUCUAUUACUGAUAAAAAUUAACUUAGACCUAAUAUUGUUAAUGGAUAUAUUUAAUAUCUUUAAUAACUUGAUGAAUAAUUGUAUUGGGACACUCCUCCUUAAAAAAGAGAGAAAUUUUAAAGAACUAUUAUAUUCUAGAGUACAUGUUCAUUAGAUAAAUAUGAUGAAUUUAAAUAACUAAUUAAAUAAUUUAGAUUUGUUAAGUUUUGGUUAAUCUAUAAAAAAAUUGGAUUUGUUAUAGAACAUAAUCCUAAUCGUUGGUAUUUUGUAGAAGUAUAAAUUACUGAAGAUGAAUUCAAUAUCAAUAUAUAUGAUUCUAUUAAAUGUAGUGAUGCAUUUUAUCAAAACAUAAAACAUAAACUUACUCAACUCUUCUAAAAAUUACUCAAUCAUAAACUUUAAUCAAAACUAAUCAUUAAAGACAAUAUUCCUUAAUCAUAUAAUACAUAUGAUAGCGCAGUCUACACUUGUAUAUUUGCUAGAAUGCUUAGAUGUAAUUGUAGAAAUAAAGCACUUAAUAUGAGUCCUUCAUAAAUGAGAUCAGAUUUAUUAAAACUAUUUCUUAACUGA